GGGUUUCCAACCUUGGGCUCAUUCGAUAAACCAGAAUAGCCACAAAGCAAUGCCAAAGUCCUUCCUUCGGUCAGUGUCUCCAUUUGCGAACACAAGGAGCCUCAGCUGAUCGUCGUUCUUGUUUUGUGAUUUCUCUCAGAGUUGUAAGAGAGUCAAUCGAACGGUCUAGUUAAUUAGGAAAAUAUGGGCGGAGGAGGAGAGCAUGGACAUGGGCAUGGAGCAGAGGAUUUCAGGACUAAGGUGUGGAGCAUGACGGGAGGCCCAUACUGCCGGCCCAAGCACUGGCGUCGCAACACUGCCAUUGCCAUGUUCGGCGUUUUCCUCAUCUGCAUCCCCAUCGCCAUGAAAUCCGCCGAGCUCGAGCAACGGCCUCAUCAACCUGUACGUCCGAUUCCUUCGCAGCUCUGGUGCAAGAACUUUGGAAACAAAGAUUAUUAAGUCUGCCAGCAGCUGUUGAUAGAGUACUGAUGGCAGUUCGAACCAGCCAGAGGGUGGCAGUUUAGCAAACAUGUAAUAAUUGUUUAUGCAGUGGAUUUGGUAACAUUUCCUAUGACCUGUAUUUGAGUGUCUUUUGACUGGUUUACCUUUCUAUGUGAUCAAUAAGUUGUGACUGUUGCUUUUACUGUGUUCUUGACAAAUCUUAAAGCUGCAUUUGUAAGUUCUAUAUUUUUGUUAUUGGAGAGGUAAAUCGGGUGCUAUUUGUA